AAUAGUUAUGAAGUGGUAACCAAAUUAGGCCUUUUCCAUAGAGAGGAAAGGCCUCCCAACUUUCCUCCUUUACCAUUUCUCUCUCUUCUCAAAUCCCAAAUCAAAAAUGAAAUUUCUAAGGAUGCUCCACAUGGAAAUGGCUUGUCAUUUUAAUCCGGCACUCAAAAGCUCAUAAGUGAGAAGCCAUCUCCCACUAACAAGAAGCCGGCAACCGGAUUCCAGCCACUAAUCUCAAGCAUUCCUCUCUCAUUCCCGGGAUUCAACCGAAAAAAGAUGAGAGGGAGAAAUUUUCCGGCGAAAAGCGUUGUUGCCCUUUGUAUGGCCAGCUUCCUUGUCGGAAUCGUUUUGAGUGGCCGUAUAUGGAGAUCGUCACAACCACAAUCACAAGAACAAGGGCGUCCAAACGAGCUAAGAAUUCCGAUUCAAAGGGAUUGCGAGCACAAAAGAAAAUUGGUGGAGGGUACAUCCGGGAACAUAAUAGUAGAGGUCUCAAAAACACAUCAGGCCCUUCAGGCUUUGGAUAAAACAAUGUCCUCCCUGGAGAUGGAGCUUGCAGUGGCUCGAACCUCACGAACAAAGGCUGCAAAGACUCGGCCCACAAUGCAAAAGGCCUUCGCUGUAAUUGGAAUCAACACGGCAUUUAGCAGUAAGAAGAGGAGAGACUCAGUCCGACAGACUUGGAUGCCUACUGGAUCAAAGCUCAAGAGACUCGAAAAGGAGAAGGGGAUAGUGAUUCGCUUCGUGAUCGGGCACAGUCCUACCCCAGGAGGCAUUCUGGAUCGAGCAAUCGACACAGAGGAGGCCGAGAACAAAGACUUCCUCAAGCUGGACCAUAUUGAGGGCUACCACGAGCUCUCUGGAAAGACGAGGAUUUAUUUUGCUACUGCAGUUUCGAUGUGGGAUGCCGACUUCUAUGUCAAGGUCGACGACGAUGUCCAUGUCAACCUAGGGAUGCUCGUGACAACACUGGCACGCUAUCGAUCAAAGCCAAGGAUUUACAUUGGCUGCAUGAAAUCUGGGCCUGUGCUUUCACAAAAGGGUGUCAAAUAUCAUGAACCUGAAUUUUGGAAAUUUGGAGAAGAAGGAAAUAAAUAUUUUAGACAUGCCACUGGCCAAAUAUAUGCCAUCUCCAAGGAUCUAGCUGCCUACAUCUCCAUAAACUCGCCCAUCUUACAUAGGUACGCCAAUGAGGACGUUUCGUUAGGCGCAUGGCUACUAGGCCUAGAAGUUGAACAUGUGGAUGAUCGCACCAUGUGUUGUGGGACCCCUCCAGAUUGUGAAUGGAAGGUACAAGCCGGGAAUGUGUGCGUGGCGUCAUUCGAUUGGUCGUGCAGUGGAAUAUGCAAGUCAGUGGAUAAGAUGAAGGAUGUCCACAACAGUUGUGGAGAAGGUGAAACUGCAGUUUGGAAUGCAAUUAUAUGAGAAAAACUUGCCAUGAAAAUUCAAUUAUUGAUUAAGAGAUAGAUGCUACAUUUUACAUGUUAGACACAAAGUGCAAUUUGCUUAAGCAUGGCUAGGUUAGCCUAAGGGUUAUAGGUAUUAAGUGGUCACACGUGUGGGGUCUCACAUGUGAGGUACUUUUGGUGAGGGAUUGCACUAUUUUGAUUUUCAAUAAAUAUCAGGAAGAUUGUUGCCUUUUUC